UUCGCCCAUUGAUAAUUGUAGACAGUGACAUGUUUCGUGUUCGAAAUCUCGUUCAAUCUCUGAAAACACAUCGCCCCAGUACCACGAUUCUGAGAGUCUCCAGGUGCUGUCACGGUGCUGCUACACCCGAGUUGAAACCUGACUACGAUGUAGUAGUUGUUGGAGCAGGACAUAACGGAUUAAUAUCGGCGUCAUACCUACAAAAGGCUGGACUCAACGUAUGUGUCUUGGAAAGACGUCACGUGAUUGGUGGUGCUGCGGUUACCGAGGAAAUUGUUCCAGGUUUCAAGUUUUCAAGAGCGUCAUACGUGUUGAGUUUGCUGAGACCUCAGAUUAUUCAAGAUUUAGAAUUAAAGAAAUAUGGUUUGAAGGUGUAUCUACGAAACCCCAAUUCGUACACCCCACUAAUAGAGCCCGGGGGUAGAGAUGGUAAAGCCAGAUCGCUGCUUCUGGGACGGGACCAUGAGGCGAACCGCAAACAGAUCGCGCAGUUCUCACACAAGGAUGCCGAGGCAUUCGGCGAGUAUGAGAACAUGUUAGACAGAAUAGUGACUGCGAUUGAACCUCUACUGGACAGCCCACCGAUUUCAUUCAAAUCUUUUGUACAGUCUUCUCUCAAAGACAAAUGGGACAGUCUACCCGCAGUUAAAGCGUUGCUUGCUUCAGUUAACUCAUUGAAGUCAGACUUGCCACAUUUCUAUGCUCUCAUGACGGCUCCUGCUCAGAAGAUUCUGGACCAGUGGUUUGAGUCGGAACCACUGAAGGCAACACUUGCAACUGACUCUGUGAUUGGCGCCAUGAUGACGCCAAAUACUCCAGGAAGUGGGUAUGUCUUACUUCACCACGUUAUGGGCGAACUGGAAGGGAUCAAAGGAGCUUGGGGAUACGUGGAGGGCGGAAUGGGAGGGGUGUCUCGGGCAAUAGCAAACUGUGCUGAAGACCACGGGGCCAGCAUAUUUGUAAACAAGCCGGUAGCUAGUGUGCUACACGACUCGGACCACAAAAUCUCAGGGGUGGUUCUAAAGGAUGGUACUGAGGUGAAAGCAAAAGUCGUUCUUUCGAAUGCAACGCCGAAAGUGACUUUCCUUGAUCUUCUACCCGAGGGAUUAAUUCCAGCCGACCUUAGAAAGGAAAUAUCUCAUAUAGACUACAAGUCUCCUGUUACCAAAAUUAAUGUUGCAGUAAACAAGCUCCCAAACUUCACUGCGGACCCGAACACCAGUGAUGACCAGGCAAUGCCUCACCACCAGGCCACGAUUCACCUGAACUGCGAACACAGCAAGCUGAUAGACGAGGCCUAUUUUGACUGUCAGCGGGGCCACCUCCCCUACAACCCAAUGAUUGAAAUGACUAUUCCGUCCGUGUUGGACCCCACGUUAGCGCCUUCUGGAAGUCACGUGGUACUGCUGUUCACUCAGUACACUCCUUACAACUUUGCUGGUGGUCAGGUCUGGAACGACGAACAUAGGAACGAAUACGCAGAUAUCGUGUUUAACACCAUAGAAGAGUACGCACCAGGUUUUAAGGAAAGUAUUAUUGGUACUGAUCUUCUUUCACCACCGGACCUGGAAAGGGAGUUCGGAUUAACAGGCGGGAAUAUAUUCCACGGAUCCAUGUCUCUCGAUCAGUUGUAUAUGGCGAGACCGCACCCAGCUGUGUGCAACUACAGAACACCGGUGAAAGGGCUGUAUUUGUGUGGGAGUGGGGCACAUCCAGGUGGCGGAGUGAUGGGAUCACCAGGAAGACUGGCAGCUCAGGCCGUCCUAGCCGAUUACAAGAGACUCAAGUAGCACGUGCAGUUCUCUUUGACGCUGGUGUCACCGAGGGAGGAGAGGCAUGGGGACAUAACUCCUCAGAAGUCACUGGCGGGCCCCCCCCCCCCUGCCCCCCCCCCAAUCACAUCGAUUUCCCACCACCACCUUUUAUAUUUGCCUGUCGUUCUGUAACACGUGUAAAAACAGAGUUAGUGUUUCCCCUACUGGCUACGCCAGUGCUCCAAAUCACACACACACACACACACACACACACACACACACACACACACACACGUACGCACACGUACGCACACACAAUCACACACCUUUUUUUCUUACCACCUUUUCUACUUACCUGUCGCUCCAUAGCACGACUUAUAGACAGAAUGGAUGCCCUACUCUCAAUAUGAGUGGCCCCAAUAUACAAUCCUGGCUACGCAAAUAUUUGAUGAUAUGGAGUAUUGAGGCCUGGAUACGCAUUGGCUACGUAUACGGCUAGGUUGGGUCACACUAUGAGCGUUGCGUUGGCAAUACGUGAUUUCUAUGUUGUCACAUAAAGUACAUGGAUAUGGCAUGCUGUGUGUAAGAGGGACAUUGAUGUAUCACGUGAAGGUAGCCAUGAGGACUAUAAACAUCAGCGAUAUUUUGUAUUCGGCAUUGUAUGUGUCAAGAAAUGAAACAUUUUUCAUUUUCAUCCCAAUGCAAUGUGACAACGUAACGCAGAAUGAACGCAAUGCGCAUGGUGCGACCACUGCGGUAUUUAUAGGUCGUUUCCAUUUCAAUGCGAUCAUGGUCACAACGUGGGUACAUAUCGCAUAUAAAACUCUUAGUGUGAGUAGGGUACUUUUAAUAAGUUAAGCCCCGGCCACUGGCUGGAGUCUCAUUAAUAUGCAUGAUAAAUCAUUAAUAUGCAAAUAUAUGCACGAAGUCACAAGUCAGUUGUAUAGAGGAAUGGUCGGGGCAUUUUAAGCACUAAUGCCUGUGUUGAUCAGUCCAUUACUUAAGCUAGAACAACGGAUAGUAAUUAUUGUUUUAUACGGAAAAACUGUACGAGACGUGUGACCGUUGUAUGAAUCUGAACGACAAAACCGUAACACAUAAUCUGGGCCGUAUCUCCGCACAAUGCAGUGGAAUAGGCGUUUGGCAAAAUAGUGCUUGAUUUCACGACUCUGUAUCUAGUGCGUCGUCUGUAGGAAGACAGCCACUCCCGAGUAAGUAAGUAACUAUUUUGACGUGUUUUGAACACGCUGACUCGGGUCAGGUCCACUCCCGAGGUGAUCUUUUACUGGUGAUUUCAUCUCUCUUGUGUCGCCACAAUGAGGAUUGCCACUCACAGAUAAAAAUGGAAUGAGUAAGUGUAUAGUUUUCAGACGAAUCAAUAAAAUCAAUACGGGAACACCAGUCUUCUUUGCGCAAACAUGGUGGACACGACCAAGACUCGGUAUUAAUCCUCCCCCGCCCCCCUCCCAACGUUUCAGGUACAUUGAAUGGCCUUUUUUCUGCGAUAUAAACUGACCUUUUUGUUGUUUGCUAGAUCACCAUUAUUUUAUUUUAAAUUUUUUUAAAAGAUGUGGCAUGAUUAAUAGCAAUUUAUUACAAUAUUGACCCCCCCCCCCCCCCCCCCCCCUCCGUCCGAGAACAAGAUCAGAUCCGCGAUGGGUGUACCUGAUCCUCUUUUGGAUAUGGGCACGUUAAAUGAGUUUCCCAUUCCAAUUACAAUGUUGUUUGUAAGAGCUGGCAAACAGAGUAUUAAAAUUAAUGUACUCGUUUUAAAUUGAUGUUU